AUGAAAGAGUCGAUAACUCUGGCUAAAGACCAGGCUUUGAUCCUAGCAACGAUAAGUAAAACUAACACCGCGGCUGUCCAAAAUCCGCGGAGAAUCCUUGACCCUAUUAUUGUACCCGUGGUCAGCAACCGUGUCGUCAUAGGCAGGUUAAGAAGAUCCUGGGUUAUCCGCAUCAGCAUCAUUCCUGAGGGCCACGGAGUCGCAAUUCUGAGUCACCCGAUAGGAAGGUUGAAUUGCAAUCUUCGAAAUGUCAUUGGCCGUUUCAAUCACAAAAACUGUCAAUGA